GUUGAUAUCUUAAAAUAGUGUGAUUAAUCUGAAACAUGUGUCUCAUUAUGGGUGAAAAAAAAAGACAUUUCAAGUCCAGUUUUAUCUAAAAGAAUACGACCUCCUAACCAGGUGGGGGCGCUGUAUUUUUUUUGUGUUAGAAUUGAAGCACAAAAUUCCGAGUGUCCCUUUAACUCAUCUCGCGUGGAACUCCUGGCCGGUUCUGUCCCGCGUGCGUGCUGGACCAGACCCAGGUGGAAUGUUGAAUCUGUCACUCCCAACGGGUCGACUCGCCAGUUUGACACACCCGACUGUUUAAAAGGAAAAGUAGGAAGAUAGCUCGUUAAACGUCACAAAAAAAACUUUGUUUAUAUAUUUGACAGGUGGAACAUCCGGCUAGCCAGUCAUACAGCUGAAGGACGACUCGUUCAUCGCCUCAGGUUCAUAACAUAUAAAAGUUAACGGUCACUAGAAAAUUAACCGAACGUGACAGGUCGCAGCUAUCAAGAUGACAGAGGAACUUGAGCAAAUCCUAUCUCAGCUGACACAGCCGGACAAUGCCGUUAUUCAGCAGGCCACCGCCCAGCUGAAACUGGCUUUCAAAGACCCAGCCGUUAUACCAGCUCUGUGUGCUGUCAUGAGUGGCUCCCAAAAUCCACAGAUUCGCCAGUCAGCUGCAGUGAUGUUGAGGCUGAGAGUGAAGAAACACUGGAAGAAGAUUAGCCCCAAUGACCGAGAGAGCCUGAAAGCCGUGGUGCUGCAAGCCUUCAUGCAGGAAGCAGAGCACACUGUGCAGCACUCCAUCUCACAGUUAUGUGGAGUUAUGGUCAAACAUGAGACACCAGACCGCUGGCCAGCCCUGCUGCAGCUUCUAAAUCAGUCAACCAAGAGCACCAAUCCUCAUGACAGACAGGUGGGCCUCCUGCUGCUAAAUAAGGUGAUGGAGUCCAACCCUGAACCCUUCCAGCCUCACUACCGCCAGCUGCUGCAACUGUUCAGCACAGUCCUGCAGGACCUGAACAACCCAACGGGCCUGUACUACUGCAUCCUCACACUCACCGCCAUGACUGCCUACACUGGCACUGAUGAGAUGAAGCAGAUGCGUUCUAUAAUCCCCAGUAUAAUUGUUGCUUUGAAGCACCUCAUCAAGGCCAAUCAGAACCAGGCCAGCGAGGCCAUGGAAGUGUUUAUCGAGUUAAUGGAGAUUGAAGUUUCCGUCAUUGUGCCCCAUGUUGCUGACAUCGUCCAGUUCUGCCUGGAAGUGGCCAGUGACACAACACUAAGUGACUCUCUGAGGGUGAAAGCGCUCUCCUGCAUGACUUUCCUCAUCAAGCUGAAGAGUAAGACGGUUCUGAAGCUGAAGCUGCUGAGCCCCAUACUGCAGGCCAUCUUCCCAAUUCUGACUGCCACGCCCCCACCGGGUGAGCAUGACCCGGAGGAUGAGGACGAUGACAGCGGGGACGGCACGGACAACGACAACCCCAAACACUGCGCUGCUCAGAUGAUUGACACAAUGGCUCUCCACAUGCCUCCAGAGAAACUGUUUCAUCACCUUAUACCCCUCACUCAAACAUGCCUUACCAGUGAAAGCCCCUAUCAGAAGAAGGGGGGCCUCAUGUGUCUCGCCGUGCUUGCUGAAGGAUGUGCAGAUCACAUACGCACAAAGAUGUUGUCAUCAGUGCUGCAGACGGUAUGUCAGAGUCUGUCAGACAGCAACCAGGUGGUUCGCAGUGCUGCCCUUUUUGCCCUCGGACAGUUCUCUGAACACUUACAGCCUGAGGUGAGUAAGUACUGCGCAGAGCUGAUGCCUUUGCUGCUGGGCUACCUUUCAUCCUUGAAUGAGUCGAAGGUGGGUCACGUCACCAAAGCCUUUUAUGCCCUGGAGAACUUCAUGGAGAAUCUAGGAGCUGGGAUUGAACCCUACCUGCCCACUCUGAUGGAGACCAUGUUGACUGCUCUCAACAAUGCUGGAAACCUCAAGAUAAAAGAACUGGCUGUGUCUGCCAUAGGAGCCAUAGCCAAUGCUGCCAAAGAGUUGCUGGUUCCCUACUUCCCUCCAAUUAUUGAAAGCCUGAAGAGUUUCCUGACCGCCACGACAGAGGAGAUGAGGCCAGUGCAGACUCAGUCAUUGGAUACGCUGUCUGUGCUGGCCCGGACCAUCGGCAAAGACGUCUUCAUUCCUCUGGCCCCUGAGUGCAUCCGGCUGGGCCUUAACCUCACCGACAGCAUCGAUGAUCCUGACCUGAGACGCUGCACGUACAGUCUAUAUUCCGCUGUGUCCACGGUCAGCCCUGAGUGCCUGGCGCCCCACCUCCCCGCCAUAACUACGGUCAUGCUGCUGGCCUUGAAGUCCAAUGAAGGCAUCACGGCACACCUGGAAGAGGACAAGACAUUCGUCCUGCUGGACGACGACGACGAUGACGAUGGCGACACCGAUGACGGCGAAGUAAAAACCGAGGACUUCUUGGAGGACGAGUCGGAGACGGAUGUCCACGAUGUGGCGGGGUUCAGUGUGGAAAACGCCUACAUCGAUGAGAAGGAGGACGCCUGCGACGCUCUGGGAGAGAUCGCCUUCAGCACAGGAGCUGCCUUCCAGCCCUUCCUGGAGUCCAGCUUCCAGCAGGUUUAUGAGAUGAGAGACUUUCCUCACGAGGACGUCCGCCGGGCAGCGCUGGGAGCCAUGGGGCAGUUUUGCCGAGCUCAGCACAAAGUGUGGACAGAGAUUCCCACUGAGGCCAACCACCAGGCCCUUCUGAAACUGCUGGAGGUGGUGCUCGCUUGUUUCGUGGAGACGGUGCGAGCGGAGCCCGAGCGGCAGGUGGUGAUGGGCGUCCUGGAAACCUUGAACAGUCUCAUGAAGUCCUGCAAGGAGGAGGCUUUCAAAAACCCCUCACACCUCAAAGACAUCUGCAGCGUCAUACGUGAUGUUCUGACUAAGAAGACUGCUUGUCAAGGCGGGGGCAACGAGGAAGCUGAUGAUGAAGAGCAACAGGCUGAGUAUGACGCCAUGCUGCAGGAGUUUGCAGGGGAGGGGAUUCCUCUGCUGGCCGCCUCUGUUCCCGCCGACAAGAUAGCGCCUUUUCUGAACGACGUGCUGCCCUUCAUCAUGAGCAAAGCCAAAUCCUCGUGCACCGUGGCAGACCGCUCCUUUUCUCUGGGUACCAUCGGAGAAAUCCUUCAGGCCCUGGUGACCGCACCAGGAGGCCGGGGAUUGGCGGGCAGACUGUCCAAUCGCCUGCUCCCGGUGCUGGUGGCCGGGGUGAGGGACAGUGACCCCGAGGUCCGCAACAACAGCGUGUUUGGGUUGGGGUGCCUGGCUCAGGCCGCCGGACCCAUCAUCCUGUCAGACUACCCCAUGAUGCUGUCGGUGUUUUCUAACCUGCUGGCCAAAGAGUCGGACCUCAGGGUGGUCGACAACUUGUGCGCCGCCCUCUGCAGGAUGAUCAUGAGCAAUGUGGAGGCUGUUCCUCUGGAGCAGGUCGUGCCUGCCUUGGUUUCCCAUCUUCCUCUGAAAGAAGAUCUGGAGGAGAACAAAACGGUUUACACCUGCCUGGCCAUGCUCUACAAGCAGAGUCCUGCCUUGAUUGUAAAGUUAAUGAAGCCCAUAGUAGCGGCUUCCAGCCACGUCGUGGGCAACAAGGAUGUUGACAUAGAGACCCAGAACACUCUGGUCUUACUGAUAAGAGAAUUUGCCCAGAACCAGAGCGCCGACUUCCAAGCAGCGGUCAGCUCCCUUCCUGCAGAGCAAAAAAGCCGGCUGGCAGCAGCCAUCAGCGCCUCGUAACAUACCCCGCUCACACAUCAACAUUUUAUACUGUAGGUUUGAACGUGUGUGUGCCAUGUCUACACACUUUUACAGUUCUAUUAAAGUUAUUCCAUUCUGCAUUUCUGUUUCUAAGUAGUAUUAUUUAUUUGUUUACCUGCAUCCUGUGCUGACAUGUAAUUGUUUUAAGAGUUCUGUUUUUUGUGUUUAGAUUUCCUGUUAUUGUUGUAAAAUGAUGUAAAACUGGCCCUUGAAUUUUUGGAUUCAAAGCCUUUGGAGUCCCGUGUGUGUUCUACUUCAGCUCUGCAGUUCAGUAACCACCUUUCUCUCUGGACAACCGCACACGUUAUUAAAGAGGGAAAAAAAGCACUGACUUUACCUUCUGCCGGCCA